AGAAGGUUCAAAAUAAAAUGUUAUGUGUUUUGUUGUCUUCGUCCUUCCCCAAAUCGAAAGCAGCGCCAUAGAUGAAUGAACAAUGGCUGCCGUAGAAAAAAGAAUGGUGCCGGAAAAUCUAAAGAAGCAUCUCGCAGUUUCAGUUCGAAACAUUCAAUGGAGUUACGGAAUCUUUUGGUCGGUCUCUGCUUCUCAACCAGGAUUGUUGGAAUGGGGAGAUGGAUACUACAAUGGAGACAUUAAAACGAGGAAGACGAUUCAAGCAUCGGAAGUCAAAGCUGACCAGUUGGGUCUUGAGAGAAGUGAGCAGCUUAGAGAGCUUUACGAAUCUCUCUCCCUCGCGGAAUCUUCAACCUCUGGUGGUUCUCAGGUCACUAGACGAGCUUCCGCCUCCUCUCUUUCUCCGGAAGAUCUCACCGACACUGAGUGGUAUUACUUAGUAUGCAUGUCUUUCGUCUUCAACAUUGGUGAAGGAAUUCCCGGAGGAGUGUUGGCGAACGGGCAACCAAUAUGGCUUUGUCACGCUCAUACCGCUGAUAGCAAAGUCUUCACUCGCUCUCUUCUCGCUAAAAGUGCUUCGCUUCUAACAGUGGUUUGCUUCCCAUUUCUUGGAGGAGUUCUUGAGAUCGGCACGACCGAACAUGUUGCAGAGAACUUAAACGUGAUACAAUGCGUGAAAACACUAUUCCUUGAAGCUCCUCAUGGAACUUUAUCAACGAGAUCCGAUUAUCAAGAAAUUUUCGAUCCUUCAAGCCACGAUAAAUACAUUCCAGUGUUUGGAACUGAAGCUUUUCCAACAACUUCUACAAGCGUGUAUGAGCAAGAACCAGAGGAUCAUGAUUCGUUCAUCAACGGUGGUGGUGCAUCUCAGGUUCAAAGCUGGCAGUUUAUGGGUGAAGAACUCAGUGACUAUGUUCACCAAUCGCUUAAUUCUAGCGAUUGCGUUUCUCAUGCGUUUGCUGGAACAACCGGGAGAGUUUCUUGCGGUCCAAGAAAGAGUAGGAAUCAACAGUUAGGUCAGAUCCAAGAACAGAGCAACCGUGCAAAUAUGGACGAUGAUGUUCAUUACCAAGGCGUGAUCUCGACGAUUUUCAAAACAACGCAUCAGCUCAUCCUCGGACCGCAGUUUCAGAACUUCGAUAAGCGGUCAAGUUUCACGCGGUGGAGGCGGUCAUCAUCUGCAAAAACGUUGGGAGAGAAUUCACAAAAUAUAUUAAAGAAGAUUGUUUUUGAGGUUCCUAGGAUGCACCAGAAGGAUUUGUUGUUACCAGACACACCCGUAGAUAGCGGGUUUAAGGUUGGGGAUGAAACCGCAAACCACGCCUUGUCUGAGAGGAAACGCCGUGAGAAACUGAACGAUCGCUUCAUGACGUUGAGAUCAAUGAUUCCUUCAAUUAGUAAGAUUGAUAAGGUGUCGAUUCUUGAUGAUACGAUUGAGUAUCUUCAAGAACUGCAAAGACGGGUUCAAGAAUUAGAAUCUUGCAAAGAGUCUACCGGUACAGAAAUGCGAACGGCUAUGAAGAGGAAGAGACCUGAGGAUGAAGAUGAAAGAGCCUCGGCGAAUUGUUUGAACAUCAAGAGGAAGGAAAGUGAUGCGAAUAUAGGAGAAGAUGAACCUGCUGGUCUCACUGAUAAUUUGAGAAUCGGUUCGUUUGGCAAUGAGGUGGUUAUUGAGCUUAGAUGUGCUUGGAGAGAAGGGAUAUUGCUUGAGAUAAUGGAUGUUAUUAGUGAUCUCAAUUUGGAUUCUCACUCGGUACAGUCCUCAACCGGGGAUGGUUUACUGUGUUUAACCGUCAAUUGCAAGCAUAAAGGGACAAAAAGAGCCACAACAGGAAUGAUCCAGAAGGCACUUCAACAAGUUGCAUGGAUAUGUUAAAGGUCUCAUGGUUCAGAUUGAUAUAAUUAGCUGUAGUUCCGGUUUCAUUUUCUAAUCUUUGGUACUCAGUAAUUCAAACCAGAUUUUAUGAGAUUUUGAAAUUUUGGAAGAUCCUUUAAAAUUCUUGUAAAAUCGAAUUUCUUUUGGUUCAUAAUGUAGUCGUAGAGACUAAUGUGAGUUCCUUAAUUGAC